UGGUAUAACGGAUUGUUAUCAGUGAUAAGAAAAAAUUUGGCGGGGAAAAAAUGAUGUGGUAUAACAGAUUGUUAUUAGUGAUAAGAAUUGUACUGUGAAGGUAUCCUCGGUGGUAUGAUAGUGAAUAAAAAAAGCGCGCCAUUUUAGUGUAGUUGAAUAAUGAUAAAUAUCAGCAGCAGCAGCAGCUGACAACAAAAUAGAGAAAUGCAUUUGCGCGGGACACAGACUGUAAUAUCAUUGGCUGUUGGAUGCAACGUAUAGAUACAUAAAAGGGGUCUUUUAAAUGGGGCCACCAGUAGUACGUCGUGAAGAGUUCUUGUGGAACGGUUAUCUAGUUGUGAAGUGAUAUCGCGUGCGUGUGUGUACUAUGAGUGGCUACGGGAAAAAAGAAAUACGAAUUUUGCCGAGAAGGCAUAUCAACACGGUUGAUACUCAGUUGAUAUCGGCUGCGGUGUUUACGGUUAACCUGAACGAGAGAAAAUUUAUUCACAUCGGAUGCGAAUGGUCACAAAAGAACAGUGCGUACAAACAAGCAAUACUUAUAGUAUGUGCUACAGCGUGUUUGUGUAUGGAGCACGAUAAGUUUAUCGGAUUGUUGGGCGCUUUGGACAAUCUUAUUAAAAUUAUGACUGACGAUACUGGCAACGACGGUAAGAGAGCGGUAAUCCCCAUACCGGGGCUGGCUAUUAAAAAAACGCGUUGUUUUUCAAACUCGUAUAUGGUGAUCGAAUACGCUGGUAAUCGAAUAUCAUUGACUAAGGAUAAUUUGACGUCGAUUAAACGGCAACGUGAAAUAAUGCGUCGGGCAGUGACGGAAAAAUCGGUAAUUAGUGAAAUGUUAACUGACCAAUGUAAAUCGUUAAUAAACGUUAUAAGAACCGAGGUUAUUAUAAGAUAUCUAACCGCGCCCAUCCAGGGUGUAUACAAUAUAAUAAUAAAUUGGCCGAUUAACCUAAUGCCGAGAAAAAAACAUCCGUUGUACAAGGAGCUGUUGAUUUACGAUCACCAGCGAAUAGUGGCAUUUAUAUGGGACGAGUACUUACGGUCUUUAUCCGCGGAAGAAUCGACACCGCAAAGCUUAGAAGCAAAAGCAAAGAACGCGCCAAUCCAUAGCUGGGACUUUCAACGACUGUUUGACGACGUAGUCGAUGAGGAUUAUGCCGGGCCGUGGAAAAGUGGUGACGACGACGACGGUGACGACGACGGCGACGCAGCCGACCAAAGCAAAGAGGGAAACAAAGAGAAAAAGGAAAUACGGGAUCAUUUGACUGAUGUGAGCAAACUUAUUGAACAAAUUGAUAAGGCAGCUGCAAUAUAA